CUGCGGUGCGGGUCGGGCCGGCGGCGCAGUGCAGGAGCCGGGCCGGCAGCGGUGUGCGGGCAGCACCGGGAGCAGCAGCAGCAGCAGCAGCAGCAGCACUCUGCGGGCUGGCGGCGCUGGGAGCACGACAGCGGGCUGCCCCACAGGACUCGACGCUCCGCCUCGUCCCCGCCGGCCGCCGCACCCCGCCCGGGUCCCGCGGGUGCAGCAUGAAGCGCGGCGAUGAUGGCACGGCGGGGUAAGACGGCGGCGCGGACGCUGGAAGACCUGACGCUGGACUCCGGCUAUGGUGGAGCGGCGGACUCGGUGCGCUCCUCCAACUUGUCGCUGUGCUGCUCGGAUUCGCACCCCGCGUACCCCUAUGGAGGAAGCUGCCGGCCGCACCUAACUGACUCCAUGCACAGUCGCCACAACAGCUUCGACACCGUCAACACCGUCCUAGCGGAAGAUUCCGAGGUGCUGGACUGCGCGGGGCAGCACUGCUCCCGGCUCCUGCCCGACCUUGAGGAGGUCCCCUGGAGCCUGGAGGAGGUGGAGGCGCUGCUGCAGCCGCCGCAGCCGCGCCGGGAUCCGCGGGCGCCGGGCGGCGGCGGCGGCGCGGCGGGGCGGGAUGCGGCGGCGCGGCUGUCCACGCUGGUGAGCCGCGCUCUGGUGCGCAUCGCCCGCGAGGCUCAGCGCCUCAGCCUGCGCUUCGCCAAGUGCACCAAGCACGAGGUGCGCAGCGCCAUGGAGAUCGUGCUGGGCUGGACGCUGGCCGCCCGCUGCACGGCGGCCGCUCUCGGAGCCCUCUCGCUCUACAACAUGAGCGGCAGCGGAGGGGACCGCUUCAGCCGCGGCAAGUCGGCGCGCUGCGGGCUGGCCUUCUCCGUCGGCAAGUUCUACCGCUGGAUGGUGGACAGCCGCGUGGCCCUGCGCAUCCACGAGCACGCCGCCAUCUACCUGACGGCCGGCACCGAGAGCCUCUUCCGCGACAUCCACGCUCGGGUGCUGGCCGGGACCGGGCCCUCCGCCCCGCUGCCGCCGCCCGGCCGUACCACCCCCGCUGCGGCCGCCGGCCCGGCCGAGAGGGAGAAGGAGGGCGCCGAGGGGCCGCGCUUCACGCUGGAGGCUCUGGAGCAGACGGUCAACAACGACCCCGAGCUGUGGGGGCUGCUGCAGCCCUACCAGCACCUCAUCUGCGGGAAGAACGCCAGCGGUGUUCUCUGCUUGCCGGACAGCUUGAACCUUCACAAAGACCAGCAACGGUCAAACAAGCCUGGAGAAGUGCAGAUGUUCAGCCAGUCCGAGCUAAGGACCAUCGAGCAGUCUUUACUGGCUACACGUGUGGGGAGCAUUGCCGAGCUCAGUGACCUCGUAUCCCGAGCCAUGCACCACCUCCAGCCACUGAAUGCCAAGCAGCACGGGAAUGGCACACCAAUGCACCAGAAGCAGGGAUCACUCUACUGGGAGCCGGAGGCUUUGUACACCCUCUGCUACUUCAUGCACUGCCCGCAGAUGGAGUGGGAAAACCCGAACGUGGAGCCAUCAAAAGUCACGCUGCAGACUGAGAGGCCGUUCAUCGUGCUGCCGCCCCUGAUGGAGUGGAUUCGGGUCGCCGUCGCUCACGCGGGGCACCGUCGCAGCUUCUCGGUGGACAGUGAUGACGUACGGCAGGCAGCCAGGCUUCUGCUGCCAGGAGUUGACUGUGAACCUCGACAGCUCAAGAUCGACGACUGUUUUUGUGCAUCUCGGAAACUGGAUGCAGUUGCCACUGAAGCGAAGUUCAAGCAGGACCUGGGCUUCCGGAUGCUCAACUGUGGCCGAACGGAUCUGGUGAAACAGGCCAUAGCCUUGCUAGGGCCGGAUGGGAUUAACAGCAUGAGUGAACAGGGCAUGACUCCACUGAUGUAUGCUUGUGUCAGGGGUGAUGAGGCUAUGGUGCAGAUGCUGCUAGAUGCUGGAGCAGAUCUGAAUGCUGAGGUUGUCAGUACUGCUCAUAAAUACCCAUCCGUCCACCCUGAGACCCGCCAUUGGACAGCUCUGACAUUUGCUGUGUUGCAUGGACAUAUUCCUGUAGUUCAGUUGUUGUUGGAUGCUGGAGCAAAAGUAGAAGGUUCCUUGGAGCACGGAGAGGAAAACUACUCUGAAACUCCUUUACAGUUAGCAGCAGCUGCCGGAAAUUUUGAACUGGUCAGUUUGCUGUUGGAGCGAGGAGCUGACCCUAUGAUAGGAACAAUGUACAGGAAUGGCAUUUCCAUGACUCCACAAGGUGACAUGAACUCUUUCAGUCAGGCUGCUGCGCAUGGACACAGGAAUGUCUUCCGUAAGCUACUUGCUCAGCCAGAGAAGGAGAAGAGUGAUAUCCUGUCGCUGGAGGAGAUACUGGCCGAGGGGACAGACUUACCUGACUCUGCAGCAGCUCCGCUUUGUGCCAGCCGCAACAGCAAGGCCAAACUGAAAGCCCUGAAGGAGGCCAUGUACCACAGUGCUGAGCAUGGAUAUGUGGAUGUGACCAUUGACAUACGGAGUAUAGGUGUUCCCUGGACACUGCACACAUGGCUGGAGUCCUUGCGAACAUCAUUCCAGCAGCACAGACGACCCCUCAUCCAGUGCUUACUGAAGGAAUUCAAGUCCAUUCAAGAGGAAGAGUACACAGAAGAGCUCAUCACACAGGGGUUGCCUCUGAUGUUUGAGAUACUAAAAGCCAGCAAGAACGAAGUGAUAAGUCAGCAGCUAUCCGUCAUUUUCACUCAUUGCUACGGACCCUACCCCAUUCCAAAGCUUGUGGAAAUUAAGCGCAAGCAGACCUCUCGCUUAGAUCCCCAUUUUCUUAACAACAAAGAGAUGUCAGAUGUUACAUUUCUGGUGGAAGGAAGACCAUUUUAUGCACAUAGAGUGCUGCUAUUUACUGCAUCACCACGGUUUAAAGCAUUGCUGUCUAGCAAGCCUUCAACUGAUAGUACUUGUAUUGAGAUCAACUAUGUGAAGUACCCCAUCUUUCAGUUGGUUAUGCAGUAUCUGUAUUAUGGAGGUGCAGAGUCACUCUUGAUUAAAAACAAUGAAAUUAUGGAGCUUCUCUCUGCUGCUAAAUUUUUCCAGCUUGAAGCUUUACAACGACACUGUGAGAUCAUUUGUGCAAAAAGCAUUAAUACAGAAAACUGCGUGGAUAUUUAUAAUCAUGCCAAGUUUCUCGGAGUCACAGAACUAUCUUCCUAUUGCGAAGGCUACUUUCUAAAAAAUAUGAUGGUCCUCAUUGAAAACGAAGCUUUCAAGCAGCUGUUGUAUGACAAGAACGGAGAAACGUCUGGUCAGAAUGUACUACAGGACUUACAGAGGACGUUGGCCACAAGGAUUCAGUCAAUCCAUUUAUCUUCUUCAAAGGGCUCCAUUGUAUAAAGCUGAGGAAGACGGUAACGCUCUAAUAAAGACCCUGCAAGUUAAGUCUCCUGUUGCAGUUGCUUAAAUGAAUACACACAAAAUAGAUUCUACUUCACAUCCAAAUAGUUCCGUGUUGGCCAAAGGUGCUGCGCUGAGGCUUCCGCCUCAUUUGGAUGAGGGAAUGUGGAAAACAUAGCUCCUGUAUGCAUCUGAGCAACAGGCCUACCAGAGCGUCCAGUGCAUCGGUGUUGUGCCCAAAUUCUGAACACAAAAGUGUAGUCGUGGAGCUAGAUGCCAACAAAAGCCAGAACUCACAUCAGUGAACAGCAGCAGCCCCUGCCUGAGCGGUGGUGCCAUGGAACACCUGAAUUGACCAAUUACACAUUUAAGGCAAAUGUUCCAUCGUUUCUCAUUUAAGAACUAUUAUCUAUCCCGGAGUCCAUUAUACACUUAAAAAAUGUAAGAACUGUUGUUGCUGUUGAGCAAAGAUGGAUUGUGUUAAGAGAGUGGGUAAGACUGUUACAACUGAGGAAAUAUACAUACUGGCAGAUUUUUAGGGGUGGGAACUUUUUAAAUUGUUCAUAAAAAUAAUGGGGUGGCCUUGUAGUUUAAAAACUAUUUCUUAAGCUUAAAAUUUCAUUUUCAACAGUUGUGUUUGAGAAUCUAUGUAACAUGUUUUGUUUUUUAAAUGGUUAAAAUGUACAUUGUGUAAACACACAUAUGAUCGAGUUUUGCUUGUAUUCUUUCCUAAAGUGGUAUAAUCUUGCCUACAGGCUAUGGUUACACCAAAGAGGUACAUUACCCAGGCUAUCUCUAAUACAGUAGUUGGGGGGGGGGCAGGAAAACUGCAUGCUUCUUGUGAUUUGGGGUUAAAAGCAAUGACAAACUCAACAUGCAUUUGCAUGGUGACUGUACCUGUGAAAUGUUUUGUUCGUGCUUCGUUUUGCCAAGACAAAUGCAAUGUUACUUCUUGUCAAACUCCAUUUGUAAAAUCAGCAUAUUAUUUUACUCAGUGCAGUUGGUUGUGAUAUGAUACCCCCAGAGACCUUCUCGAGAUGCUGAUUUCUGUUUGUUACAGUGAAGGGAUAAUAACAGAUCUUUCUUCUAGUGAUGUGUCGAUACUUUGCUACUGAUCAGAGAUUGUGUCUGAGUUUAGACUUUUUUAAAUUAUAAUUAAAUAUGUACUAUAGAAUGAUUUCUCACUGUAUCCUGAGAAUGUAUAGGUUAUCUACAAUGCAGGGUUUGGGUGAGGUGGGAUGGAGGGUGCGAUUUAAUGUCCAAACUUCAUUUGUUUUGCAACCUGUUGUUAGCAAGACAGAUCUGCUCUGUGCCACAACAUUCCUGAUGCUCUGUCUUUGAAUAAUGCUUUUCACGAAUCUUUUGACUUAAAACACAGAGAAGACCACAGCAAGAUGCAAGCAGAGAUAUUGCCUUUUCCGUGGCAAAGUGACAUUAAUGUAUUUAUUUUCUAGCAUGCUGUUCAGAAACUGUGCCCAGCUCAUAGACUCUAGAAAAUUUAUUUUGAUGGUGCGUGGUAGCCUCUUGUUCUUCUGUGGAAGUAUCUGUGUGGGGGGCUCUUCCUUGUUGAUGGUUUUGGGCAUGCUCAGAGAACACAGAUUCAGCUUUAGUUAUCCACAUGGUAGGAAGCUGUUUUAUGCCUUGAGGUGUUGAGCGUCCCGUGUGCUUGGUCUUUUAAUGCCUGUACAGUUUCUGCAAGAAAGUACACAAAUGUCUGAACUGAUGCUAAUGUCUUAGAGACACGGCAUAUCAGUCAGUUAGACCUUUUGUUUUCCUGCCUAGCAAAUGUUCACACAGGAUGUUGUUGAGAACAUUCAGGUAACGACAGCUUUUUGUGAAGGUUGUGAUAGUGGAGAAGCAUGACUGUGGCUGAUGGAGCAACAACAUGCAGGGUGCUUGUUGUCAUUCACUGUGCCUCCUCAUCCAAGGAAAGCCAUCCCUUGUGCUAAUGAUAGCAAGGCAGGAGCAGACCUCAUCCCGCAGCUUCAUGCUUUAAAGUAGGAAAGUUUUUCAGACAAUAAGCAUGAUAUUAAAUUUUUUCCCUUGGGUACAUGUGUAGUGUCCAAUGAAGUCAUCAAGAGUUGCACACACAUACGUCCGUAGGCAGAGUACCUUUUUCUGGGAAACAAGCACAUAGGUGUACCUUAGCUUUUGAUAGGCAGUCUGGUGUUGGAUGUUAUAAUGGCAGCCAGAAGUGUUGUGCCUCUGUUUCCUUCUCAAAUAUUCAUAGUGUUUGGUAAGGGGAUAGAGUCCUGUGUGCAUACCUUCUCCUUGAAGGUGAUGGUUUUUGAGCAUGACUAGGAACCUGCCUUGGACUUAGUGGGAGGGAAAUACUGAUAACUGUGCUAGCUGUUCUCCUGAUAAGUUGAAUUGAGACUAUCUGUGGUAACAUUCACUGGUUUUUAUUGCAGAGAUGAAGGACUUAGUAUGUUCUUUGGUGCCUAUACAUGAACUUCAUGGACAUCAUGUUUGGGUCCUCCAGGGGAAAAUAAGAGGUUUUCCUGUAGCAGCAGAGUGCCCAUCUCCAGGCUCACACUGCAGUGUCUGUGUGCAGCACUGCUGGUCCACGUGUUGCUGUGUCCCUGUGCUCCUCUGCAUUCUUGUGAGUCUGGGGUUUGACAGAAAGCGUGGCACCCGCUGCCACCACCAGAUCUGCUUUGCUGAUCUUUAGCACACAGUAGGAGCAAAGGACCCCAAUGACCUGUCAUUCAGAGCUGUUGCACGAUCCACCAUCUCCACCAAACCCAUCAUCAGAAAGGUUUCUGAUACAGACUGUUCAGAAAUUCUUUGCUGCAAAUCAAAACGCUUUUUCUUCCAGCCUCAAUCAAGAGCAAGAACAGAUGAUCCAUGGCCUUUUUACAAAAUUAUUCUGCGUAUGAAAGGAAUUAUCAUACCUCCCUCACUUCAAGUCUUCCUUAGUCCUUUCAGGUAAUAUUUUCUAAGCCUCUGAUUUUUGCUGUCUUUCCCCUCAUGUCUUCCCAGCUUCCCAGAAUAUUCUGCUCCUGUGGGGGAUUUAUACAGCAACAAGCAAGGCUCAGAAACUGUCUCAUGAGUUUUACAUAGAGCAUAUAUCCCAGAAUAUUUUCUACAUCCCGUGGCUGAUUUUCAUCCACCUUGCAUUACAAUUCCUGAGUGACUUACAGCUGCUGUCCCAGGAGCUCCCUUUUUUAGGUGCAUGUUUGUUUACUCCACCUUCCCAAGUUUUAACACUUUCAGCUUGUCUUUAUUAAAUUUGUUCUGGUUUAAUUGGGGCAAUUUCCCCAGUUCAUCAAAAUCAAUUUCAAUUCCAAUCCCGUCUCCCGGCCUGUUUCAUAAUCUCCUGGUUUUGUGAUAUGUGGUUUCAUGCAUGGAUUCCCCAUUCCAUUAAUCUGGGGCUGGGGGAAGGGCUCUAUUGCAAAUGUGAUCUAAAAAGCAGUGUGAGUUUCAGUGGGUGCCUGUGACCACCAUCCCUAUCAGGUACGGCUCUUUCCAUCAGAGCAUUUUAUUAGGAAUUUUUAGAGAGAUGGUGUCACCACUUUAGAAAAUAAACAGCCUUCUGCUUCUUUAGUCUUUGCACAAGUUGCUAUAAUUUCCAAAUUUUGAGGGGAAAAUACGGCCUCGAAUCUUCUCCAGCUGCUGUAGGUAAAAUGGAAAAAAAACACAACAAAAUCCUUAGAAAAACGUGUGAUUUUUUUUUCCUUUUCUUUUUUUAAUAAUAAUUUCAUAGACUACAGAGGGUGAAGGGCUGCUUUUGUUCUUUCCAUGUGCCUUUUUUAUACAAGCCCCAUGCUGUAUUCUUUGAGGCUUGCAGUCAUCCUAUCCUUGCCUCACUACAGAUCUUUCCCUCUGUCUCCCUUUGCUUCCAGAACUUCCUCUCAUUUCCACUAUGCCUCAUGUGCUGCCAGCUUCCAGACUUCCCAAUUUGUAACUCUGGAGCCCCACUGGACCCCUUCCCAAGCCCAGAGAUGCUAGCUGCGUUCUCCCGAAUGGGCGAUUUCCCAAGAGCAAGCUUCAGAGCUGGGAAAAGGAUGGGGAAUGCAUGAGGGCAAAGGUUUUGGACAUCAGAGAGAAAGGCUGGUAUUCUUUUCAGGACAGAUUUCAGCACUGUCUGCUCCUUUCUCAAUUUUUCCCUGCUCUGUUCCUUAAGCCUGCUGUCCUCUUAGCACAGCUGGCAGCCAGAUGCUCUCCAUCCUGGAGCAGGGCCAGUUUUGUAGCGGCAAAGACUUUUUCCCAGCUAAAGCUUUGCUUGCCUGGACUCAGUUUCCGAGUAGAUUUGUGCAAACGUCUGUUAAAAGACAGAGGAAACAUUCUUAAAGAGGUGUGGGAGCUUAGUAGCCAGCCUGCUGUUGGCACAGUGCGAGCUGCCUGCUGAACGUCCACGUGCUGCUUUUGACACUGAGCCUCCUGUACUGAAUAGCCACUGGCCUCCAGCUCUGUACCGAGUGCUUGUAUGUGUUCUGGGUGCAGUGUGGUCUGCUGGUGGCUUCGGGGGACGUGAUGUGCUGCCUUGUGGAGGUUAAAAGGAAAAAAAAAACCCUUGUUUUGUACUGCAGUAAGUUGGUAUGGUGAGAAGAAAGAAUGGGCACCUCUUCUUCAUCCCAGAUCUGCCCCACAUCAGGGGAAGGUUCUGCUAUUGCAGAUUGCCGCUAAGCCCACAGGGACUCAGGUGUGCAGGAUGCUAUUUAAGGGCUUCAGUUUUUUAAUGUUCAUAAGAAAUAGAGGUGUUGGAGUUCACACACGUACCUGCUUGAGGCAAGACUCGGCCAUCUUAACAAAAGGGCUGUUCCUAAUCCUGUUGCCCACGGGCUGGACCCCAGAAGCAGCAAAGGUCCUGCAAAGCUCUUAGAAAUCAGCUGUAGGUAUUUGCUGCCUCUCAGGAGCUGGCUCUGUUUUUAAAAACUAUUCCAGAAAGGUGACAUCCUGGAGCCCACAUUCACUAGGGCUGCUCUGAAGUCAGUGGAUGAUUUCUUUUUUUUUGAUGAACGACAGUUACCUGAAGUCAAAGACUUGAAGUUAGUUUGUUUGACAAAGUGUCUUUCAUGUGAGGAAGGAAGCGCUUUGCAGAAAUGAAGUGCCUGACGUUGCUUUCAUCCCCUGGCCCAGAGAUGCAGAUCUGUUGAGAUACAUAAUCAUAAUAAAAAAGGCUGCUUAGGAUUUGUCCUAAUAUUUAAUAAACCAGCUUUCAGAAAGUUCGCUUUGAAACAGCAGUCAAAUAAUAUCUGAAACCCCAUCGAUGAGAACAUCUCUAAUGGUGCUUAUUCUUUAACAUCUUAUUAUAAGGCAAGUUUUGUUGUCUUCAGUAGGUGCAAAUGGGCUGCCAGCUCUGAGCCAGUUUCCAUGUUUCAGUAGACUCACACCUGACCUACAGUGUCUAACUGCCCUCCAAGGGCAAAAAGUGAAUCUGAGUCUUGAGCUGAGAGCGAUGAGCUGUGAGACCACUGCUGAAAGCACUACAAAUACAGCGCCCAAAGCUGAAGGAAAAAAUCUGGAAAUGUGUUGAAGAAAAUAAGCAUUUGUCAGCUGUCUUCUGUGAGCUUAAAAACUGGAGAAGUAAGCUUUGGAUGGGGGGACUGGAUUUUUGUUGUUGUUGCCUUUAAAUUGUCAUGCUUUUAGCUUGGUUCGAGACUUCUUGCAUAGAUCAGCCAUGGAUGGCCUGGUUUAUCUUGCACUGUUUCACACAGAAGGUUCUAAAUGUGGCAGCUCUUGUUUUUCUCAGGUUGAUGUAGCCUUGAUUGGCUUCUGUACUUUGCAAGGGUUGCUUGGUAUUGAAACAGCUGGGAAACAUGGCAAAAACUUGCAGGAGGGGUUGCAUUGGCUCAAUAGGUUAAUUUCUAUGAACAUCUUGUGGCUUUGCGGGCUGUGCUGUUUAGUUGUCUACAUCGAUCCACCUGAUUGUACGUGAUGUGCUGGAACAGCAAUUCUGGUGGGGUUUUUUCCUUUGGGAGGCAUUUUUCUUCCUUCUUCGGGCUCAUAGAUGUAUUUUUUACCUCUUGUCCCAUGGAGGUGAUGGUGCUGUGUGAGUAGGUGCGCUUAGAGCAGGCACAGGUUUCUGUGUGGGUUGGAUGGCACACUAAUGAAAAGAUCUUUAGUAAGGGAAAAGGAUGGGAUCCCAGAAUUUAAAUGCCUAACCCCUGGUCUCUGCCUUGAGUUUUCAAGGUAUGGAGUUCUCUCCAUCCUGCUUCAUUUGGUUUCCAGCUCAGAAUUUCUGUGCUGCCAAAGAGGAGAGCAGAGGACAGGAGGAGAGGGGAAAGCAGCCCCAUCUCCCACCCCUCACCCAGUAUUCCCAGCCAAAUGCUUUGGCUCUGGUCUUUUCAGUUCUCAGGGUUCGCUCAGUCACACUGCUCAGAUGCGGCUGUGGAGCUCUAGCAAUUGGUACUGCUUUUUUUUGGCCUUAUAAAUAUCUCCACCGCUGCAGCUGCAAGAGUGAAUUUGCCUGAACUCUUUCGUAUGUGGUUAACUUUGGUCUUCCCACUUCCCAUCAUCUCUGCUGCUGUGUUUUCAUUAAAACUUCCAUUACCCGGCUUUGCCUAGCGCAGUGAGAAGCAAUCUUCUUUCUUACUGCCUUUCUGAAGCAAACAAAGAAAGGGAGAAAAACUCCCUGAAAUACCCAAUCAGAAAUCAUUCAUGGUUUAAAAUAAGCUGCAUCAGAAAAGGGAGAUGCUCAGACAAAAAAAAAAAAAAAGAAAAAGAAAAAAAAAAAGAAAAAAGAAAAAAAGAAAAAAACAGACAUAUUAGAAAAGCCAGUCUGCUAGGAGGUCAUUUCAAUUAAUUAAGGUCACAGCCUUCACACCUCUGAUAUUUUGGCAGGGAUGGAUUACUGAGAUUCAAAACAUCUGGACUUGUUCAAGUGCAGGUUUAAGCCAAACCGCCUUGCCCUUUCCUGUUCCCAGCAGUGGACAAAUUGACUGCCUUGUGGUGUUCUGUGUGAGUUGCUUUCAAAUGAGACUUUCAGAAGUCCAGUUCACUGUGCUUUGUGGUUUUUGGAGAGCCCACAGCACAUCUGUGGGCUGAGGUGGCAGGAGGUAGGAGCAGUGGGAAGCCCCCAAGGUCUCCUCACAAUGCAUGCUACUUCCCUAAUGUCAGUGUUCACCCGAUCAGGCACCUUGCUUCACCCAAUCAAACCUGGGUAAACUACCAAUAAACAAGUUUGGGACAGUCAGUUCAAUAGCUUCAGAAAUCACCUUUGGCUUUUGGCUACUGCACUAGUGACUGAUCAGCCUCUUGGUGACAUGGUAAAGCUCUCAGCCUUCUUUGAAAUGUGAAUUCAUGGUUAUCCAUUGAAUCACACAGAAUGACAGAAUCAUAGGGAUUGGAAGGACUUCUGAAGAUCAUCUAAUCCAACCCUCUGCUAAAGCUGUUUCUUUACAGACAGUAGAUUACACAAGAAAACAUCUAGGUGGGUUUUGAAUAUCUCCAGAGAAGGAGAUAUCCACAACCUCUGUAGGCAGCCUAUUCCAGUGCUCUGUCACCCUCAAAGUGUAGAAGGUGCUCGUGCUUGUAUGGAUCUUCCUAUGGUCCAGUUUGUGCCCAUUUCCCCUUGUUCUGUCACUGGGCACUGCUGAAACAAGCCUGGCCCUAUCCACUUGUCUCCCCUCCAUUAGAUAUUUAUAAACAUUGAUAAUAUCCCCUCUCAGCUUUCUCCUAUCCAAAGCUGAACAGUCCCGUGUCUCUUAGCCUUUCCUCAUAACAGAGGUGCUCCAGGUCCCUCAUCAUCUCUGUGGCCCUUUGCUGGGCUCUCUAGAAGAUCUCUUUUGGGAGCUGGGGAGCCGGCUUUUGUGAGCACAGCCUUCUGGUGUGUCAGCCACUCCUCCCAGCUUUGUUUCAUCAGCAAACUUGCUGAGGGUGAACUGUAUCCCUUCAUCCAGGUCACUGAUGAAGUUGAACAAGAAUGGACUCCAUAUCAACCGCAGGGGAGCACUGCUAGCUACAGGCCUCCAGCUAUAGUGCACCACUGACAAUAACCUUCGCAGCUCUGCCAGUCAGCCGGCUUUCAAUCUAGCCCACUGUUCACUCAUCUGUCCUUUGCUUGUUGUGGCACUGUAAAGGAAUUCGUUCUAUAUUGUUCAAGCUGUGGAUUUUCUGCUGCUUUGAUUUUAAUUUGGUUAUGACUACGUGGGGAAAAAAAAGGUUAAGGAUAUGAAAUAUAUUUUGGACUUUUCAUCCGUAGUUAUCUUCGUGUGUUUGUAUGUUCGAGAGAGAGAUGGACAGUAAAUAGAUCGACAGGAUACGUUAUGAGGCGUGAAAUCAUGUUUGUAAUGAGAUUUCUUGUUAAUGGCAGUCAGGCUUCCUUGAUGCUAAGCAUUAAUGGCAAUAUCCAUUAGUGCAACUAAACCUCCCUCCACUCCACCUUCCCAAAAGGGUUUCACAUUUUACCUUGUUUAGCAUUUAUAAAUAUUUGAUACAAGGUUCAGAAAGUAAUUUACAUGUUAAAUGAAGAAUAUAUGAAUGUUCUAGGGAAAAUACAAGUUAAGAUUCUACUAUAACCUCAUUCACAAACCAAACAUUAAAGUCUGAUAAAUUUGCCCCAUUAAAAUUGCUGGAAGCCUUUUCAUUGAUUUUUUUCUAGUCUAUGGAUUAGGUCUGUUUUCUAUUUCUCUUUCAUACUGUGUCACCUUUGAAGUCUUCUCGCAUCUCAUGCUUCCCAAGCCAAAUACAUAUCUGUAAUUAGAUCCUUAAAUGAGGAAGAGGUCCCUGCUCUGUCGUCCAAUUCUGGAGGACUAGUUUUGUGUCUUUAUGUUUACCAUUGAAAACAACAGCUGAGUGGGAAAAUCCCGGUGCAAGAGUCCUGAAUAGUACCAUCCCUGUGACAACUCUUUGCUUCCUUCAUCCCUCUGCACAUCCACUCCCACUUGUCUCUGAGAUGUCUUUGAUGUUAAAGAUAGAAGAGAAAGAUGAAAGCCAGAGGAACGGAUGUGCUAGAAAUAAGACGGUUUCUGGAAUGGUGCAGAACCGUCAAGUGAAUCUUGAUUUAUUUAUUAUUAUUUUUAUAUACAGCUGUUGGGAAGACUCUUAAUUUGUGUAAUAUAAAAACCAGGAAGGGUUAUGAUUGUUUUGCAUUUGUUACGAUUGUUAUGAGUGCUGCUGGGUUUUGUGGCAGCUUUUUUUCUUUUUAAUCUUAGCAGAGUAGUUUUGUUUGCUGCCAUCCAUUCCAUCCAUUACUGGGGGUUUUAUGGAAGGUUUCUCUUCACUUUUUAUUGAGAAACAAAUGAAAGAUCACACAACUCAACAGUAACUGCCAACAAAAAGCUAUUGUCCUCCAGCCCACAAAUGCAGCUUGAACACUGGCUUGUAGCUUCACAGACGUGCCUGAGGUCAUCUACAACUAACGGCACAGGUGAAACUUUCCUCCCCUUUUUGUAUCCUUCUUGGAAUGUUUGACUUCCAAAACACCACAGAGUCAGAGGAUAGAAGUCAGAUGGCAGAUGUUUGUCAGUACACCAAGAGUUUAGCUAAGAAAAAUGUUCCUGGAACCAAACAUUUCACCACAAAAAGACAGACAGACAUCUGUAGCUCAUUCAAAGAUGUCAGUCUCUGAAGUCUGCUGGAUGAUUCUGAAAAUCCCCUGCUUGGCACUACUAAUGCUCCUGAGCAAACUGUUCCACUGAAACCACAGGGCACUUGGAAACGAGGCAGGAGGAAACGUAUAAAAACAGAGUAGCUCAGCCAUAACUUGAAAUGGUAGAUUUGUCCACCAUAUCCAUAACUUUCUCGUUGGUUUAAAUUGUUUUUGCUAUUUUAUUUAUCUUGAUUUUUUAAUUUUAUUUUAUUCCAAUAUGAACAUGUUUUUCCCUCGAGUAUAAUGCCUUCAUUCAGCUGGAUCAGAAAGCUUUACAUGUUCUAUCACGUAAUAUGGUCUUCAGCAUAAAUGUUGGAAAGACUCUGAAGGAGUGUCUUUGUCCACCUCAUGUUCUUUUAAACCCCAUUUUGUCUGAUGCUAAUCCUUUUAAAAUCUCCAAUGAGAUUAAGAUUCAUUUGUCAUUGCUGAAUGUCAUUUUGUUAAUGCUGUACAAAUGCAGGAAGGCAGAUGAAAGUAGCAAGCUCUUUUUUAUUAUUGUAUUACUUUGAAAAAAGAGGAAAUCUAAUCAGAUCUUUGCUUCUAGUGUAAAAUGCUCCCUGUAGCUUCAGAGUACGUGUGCAAAACCUCUGCUUUGAAUGUCUUGUUAAAACUGAGCUACAAAAUGGAGGAAAAUGGUGUUAGGAAAAGAUCUUUGAAAAGCUUACUUCCAGUGGUGCUGAACACACACUUGGUCAACUCUCAUGAAGUCAGUGGGAAUACAGCAAGGUUGCAAGGCUUUUUAAUGCACUGGUGGAUAGAAUUUCCCACCCAGUUAUCCACACAGUUGUGGUUAGUACACCAUAAAGGCUGAUGGCCAAAUCCUGCUGCCACAGAACAGCCCUACUUCAGCAGGAAUCACAGACAUGUACUUAAGUUACAUUCGUUAGCUGCACAAUUUUGAGGUUUCUGCUGAACAGAAAUGGGAGAGGGUAGGCUUUCCUUGUGCUCACUGAUCACAAUCUUUGCAUUUCCAAUGGCUUAUCUUAUAUUUACAUGGUGCAGAAUGAGGCCUUUGUAGGGUGGGAAAGAUUUUUACAGAUUUAGACCUGCCUGAGAAAACAUCAACCAUUCUAAUUUUAGACAAUUUGCAUUCCAUAUCCAUCUGCUUAGUGGAUCAGUCUGAUGUUUACUGUUUUGCAUUCAGUAAAUUACAUUUGAUUUUUUUUUUUUUUAAUGUUUCUUUGAGGGCAUUACCUGCCAUCAGCUUGGUGUAAAAUAGUGCCAAGGACUUAAAAAUAUACCCUUAAGGCCAAACUGGGUCGCUUCACUUGCCACAAAUAGUCCCAUCUAAAGCAAGGAGAGCUGAACUGGGCACAUGAACUGCAACCCCUGUGAUGUCCAGUUUCUUCAUUUCCAUCCUGCUUCAUUUCAUAGAGAUUGAUGACUUCCUGGAGAGAAAAAAAAAACAACAACACAUGUUGCCAAUUCAUCCCGUCUGAAAUGUAUUGAAGACAAAAAAUAUAUAUUAGAUGUGACUGUAGUCUACCAAAUCCGGUCUUGUGCACAGGGAGAACUCCAAGGGAAAGUAGGGGGAGUUUCCAUUCCAAAGCUUGCAGAACAAAGCCUACAUAGUGAGCUGUGACAAAAUGUCAACUUUGUGUAAACUCUUCUGAUGAGUUUGUAUAAAGGUUUGUAAGAAAUCUUCACUGGAAUACACCAGAGAAUAAUAAACUUGCACCUUGAUAGAAUAGCUUUAUUUGUAUAUACUCUAUGUAAAUUUUUAACCAGAGGAGACGUAUCAUUCCUUGUACAUACCUGACUAGAACAGGGGCAGUGCUGUGCACUGCUGUUUAGGAGAUCCAAGUUCUCCCUUCUUGGGUUUCCAACUGUAAAGGCUGCAGGAGACUACUUGGAACCAGCCAAAACACAGGAUGGAUAGAUGCUCACCACUGCUUGUGAACGUAGGAUUGGGAUUGGAACAGGCGUUGGCUAUGGAGAAGAUUGCUUGCUUCCACUCCUGGCUAAAGGACAAGUGCUUCCUUCACCAUCAUCUCCAGCAGAAGCGAUUUAUGGUUCCAGAUGGUGUAGAGAACAGUCAGAGCCCUGUUUGAAUCAGUCUUUUGUAGGGACCUGGGCUUAUACAGAACCCACACUGCUCGUGUAACACGGAAAGGAAGGUCCACGAAGAAGCAGUGUGUACAUACAUCUACCUAUCUGUCUGUCUGUCUAUCUAAUAUCCCGGUGUUUCUGUAUUGAAUGGUUUCAGUAACCUGUAAACAAGUGAUUGCUCCUGUUGUGUUACUGCUUUGAAAUUCUUUGCAUGCACUCCAGCAUAUGAUUCUUUAAGAAAAGGUUAUACAUAUUAUAUAUAUAUAGUAGCUUGCAAAAUAUUCAUGUUGAAGAGCAAUGUUUUGUGCAAAUUGUACAUUUAUGUUGUGAGCAGUAUUGCAAUAUGAACUUUUAUUAGUUGUUGGCAUUGAAACAUGUUUUUAUUGAUAGUAAAUUUGUCACAUUAUUUUUGAGCGUAUGUACGCAUCCCAAGCUUUCAAACUCAGGCAUUAGGUCAACUACCGAAGGAGACUUUUCUGUGCAGUAGAAACAGCACAGACUUACUGUCAAUAGGCAAGUAUGCAAUCCCAUGCUGUUUCAUGCCUGUUGCAAAGCUGAUUAUUCAUAAAAUCUGUCUGUUAGGCCAGUACUUCUCUUCUGUCAGUGCUGGAGUUUGUGUCGAUAGAAGGAUGCUGUUGCCCUCACCUUUAACAGAAGUAAGACCCCAAUCUAGCAAAGCAAAGUGCUUAAUUCCUACUGCCCUCUGUCUCUGCAGGUGCUUUAAUAUACAUACAGUGAGGUACAAUAAGGACCGAAGAAACUUCUAAUUUCUUGUUGGAUAGCAAAUGUUAUAAUAAUUUCAAAUGUCCAUGCUGUGUAGUUUGCAAUGUAGGGGCUAGAUAAAAGUGUAAUUCCACUACGGCUUUAGGAAAGCAACAGUAUUUGGAGCUUGACCUUAAAACUUCUACCUGCCUUCUGAACAUCAUUGGUGGCUUUGUUUGCUCAAUGUUUACCUCUGAGAAAUGUAUGCUGUUGAUUAAAUGUUUAAUAUAUUGACUGCCUUUUUGUAUAUUUGUUAUCAUAAAGGUUUGGUUUAAACGCUAACAACCGUAGUCUAUUUUCAGACUUUAAAUUACAUAUGGUUCUGUAUUUGGAAGGCAAACUUAUUAAUGAAUAUAGCAAUUUGGUAUUUUAUUCCUAUUUUAUACAGCUACCCCCAUAGGUUAUUAUCAGAUGGCGACAAAUAUUGCUGAAUAGCAGUUGGAAUUCUCUGGAGUGUGAUAAUGAGCCAUCUCUGUUCAAUAAAAAUUCCAUUGUUUUCUAGCCUA